GCUCCGCCUCCUCUGCUGCUGCUGCGCGCGGGGCGCCUCCGUGGAGACGCGGCGGAGCAACGGCGAGGGAGGCCGGGCCAGGGGAAAUCAUGAGGACCAGCAUCACCGUGAAGGAAAGAUGCACGGCUGGUUAGAGGAGUCCUGGCGUUGGCAGUCACCUGUUGCGCUCCGUGGCUGGAAACAUUGCAUACAGCUCCAGGUAGCUCCUGCCGGCUGAGUCAGCCGCUGAGCCAGGCUUGGCAGCCAGAGAUGGUGGUCUUCCAAUUCAUCUUCCUUUGACAUACCCAAGCAGGCAGCAAGAAUGGGAAAGGUCUGAUUUUCCACUAGCAGAGAAGUUUCCAUGUCAUGUUCUGCAGCAUCAGGCGCUUCUGUGGGAAAGGAGCAUCGGCCGGGAAGAAGGAAGGCAACAUUUGGAGAGUGGCGGGGGAGGGGGGGAGCUGAAGGAAAGGAGAGUCCAAGAAGCUUGAGAGAAAGGAGUGGGUGCAGGUACUCAUCACAGUCCGCUCUUCAGACACGAGGCCUCUUUCUGGGGACCCAUGGGAUUCUCAGAUUGUAAGACAGAGGAACUAGCAGAAUGAAACAGGACUGUAAAAGCUUUGGAGCCAGCGGGCUUUGCUGUGGUCCUUCACCUGAGUGCUCAGGAAAAGCGACCCAACUGCUUGGGAGCUCCACGUCACAAACACCACCUCCGGCACACCAGCCGAAAUUUGCUGAGGGUGUUCCACGCCACUCCUGCUGGAUCCCAAAGGGUUGCUCUUCCGGCUCAGAACCGGAACAUGCCGUUUUUUGCUCCUGACAUGCUGCUAGAAACAACAGAGGCCCGGCUUCAGAGCAAGCCACAGUUGUAGGUGAUGAGUGGCCGGCCGCCACUUGCCGAAAAAGCUUUCUCGGAGGGCUACGCCCGCCUCCGUUACAGAGAUACGUCUUUACUGAUCUGGCAGCAGCAGCAGCAGCAAUUGGAGAGUCUUCCACCGGGCACCUACUUAAGCCAGAGUCGCAGCACGUGGUACUCGCAGUACGGCAACCAGGCUAUUCUGGUGCGAGAUAAAAACAAAGUGGACCUCACCAGGGACACGGGACAGUCCAAGUUUUGCACCGUCAUGUGACUUCAGUCCUAAAGCUAAGAAAGCCAAACCAGUUGUUGGCAUCCUGGCUGCUCAAAUCAGACAGAGGUUCUGUUACCUGCUUGGUACUUUCAAGUGACACGUCUCCCGUUGCUCAGGAAGGGAUAAUUUCCUCAGAACAGCCUCAUGGACUUCAACCUUCCCUUUUCAUCCCACCGUUGACAGAGAAUGUACCAAGGAAAUUCCCAUUAUGGAGCAAGAAAAGCUUGGGGUGCGGAUGCCACAGAAUCAUCUUGCUAAGUGUUCCCCCUGGACUGUGCUGCUACAGACUGGAGGUACAGGGGUUGCAUGUGUGAAUGCUUCCCCCCACCCAUACAAAAGUGAGGGGUCCAGCAGAAAGCUAGGCCAAACUUCUCAUGCAUGGCAGUUUUUGCAUGCAGGGUGCUGCCUUUAUGGGACGGGGUGGCAUGCGGACUGGGACUUGUGCAAACCACUCGUUGCAUUUCUUUGAGAGGGACAAAGCAGAACAGCAGGAGCCGAAGCCGGACGGGCAGCUUAACAACUCGCUGGCAGAGGCCUUUCUGGCCCGCGGCUUUUCCUUUGCUGUGGCAGCCACAGGGCUUGGGACGUUGAGUUCUAACAGUCCCUAAGUGGGAAAUGAUGAGCGCAGCAGACCGCAGGUGUGAGCUGCGCUGGGUGAGAUUGUUUUUGAAGAUUUAAAUGUGUCUGUUAUUUAUUCAUUAGUCGCUUAAAGUUAAAUUAGCUUGGCUCUGGAA